GGUCCUCCCGAUCCAAAGCCCCUCCCUCCCCCUCCCAAGUCACUUCCUGCAAGCGGGGCGUGGAUGUUUGGUGUGUCUCCUUUGCAAGCUUCGCUGCCUGGGGGGCUCCUGCUGCAAUCUGGAUUUGCAGACGCCUCUGCUUAGGACAGACGAACAAGGGCUUCCUUCUAAUAUCUUGGAGGCUUCCUGAGAGCCCAGAUGGAUGAGGAAGACUCAGCUGGCCCAGAAGCAGGAAGAGGCCAUGUCAUCAAAACUGGGAGCAGUGAGGGAUUCUGGGAAAGCUCCAUGCAGAAGAUCCUGGGUGAGGAGGACACUCUCUGCUCAGAUGUGCAGAGCCAGCAGUUCAGGCAGUUGUGCUACCAGGAGGCUGAAGGACCCCGAGAGCUUUGCAACCGACUCUACCACCUUGACCGUCAGUGGCUGAAGCCAGAAAGGCAUACAAAAGCUGAGAUGCUGGACCUGGUGAUCUUGGAGCAGGUCCUGGCUGUCCUUCCACCAGAGAUGGAGAGCUGGGUGAGGGAAUGUGGAGCGGAGACCAGUUCCCAGGCGGUGGCCCUGGCCGAAGGAUUCCUCCUGAGUCAGGCAGAGGAGAGGAAGCAGGCAGAGCAGCAGGGAAAGAUUAUCUUUGCAGAAACGGGCCUGGAUUCCUCUGAGGCAGAGAAGACUCCAUUGGACACCAAAGAGAGACCACUGGGUGACAGAAUGAUGCUGGCAAGUGAUGCUUAUCCAUCUUUGCGUGAAGGCAGAGAUGCAGCAGCCACGGAACCAGAUCAGGGUCUGGUGUGCUUUGAAGAUGUAGCUGUUCAUUUCACAGAUGAGGAAUGGGAGUUGCUGGAUCCUGACCAAAGAGCUCUGUAUAAGGAAGUAAUGGAGGAGAAUCAUGGGAUCAUGGAGUCUCUUGAUGGUGAUGAAUCAGAAAGGAAGAAUGAGGGAGACCAAAUCUACACAAUGGAGAAGCGGUAUCAAUAUUUGGAGUGUAUAGAAAGCUUCAGAAGAAUUCAUACAGGGGAGAAACCAUAUCAGUGCUUGGAAUGUGGAAAGAGUUUCAUUCGGAAAUCAUAUCUCCGUUCCCAUAGAAGAAUUCACAGCGUGGAGAAACCCUAUAAGUGCUUGGAAUGUGGAAAGAGCUUUGCCUGGAAGGUCAAUCUAACAGCCCAUGAAAGAAUUCAUACAGGGGAGAAACCAUAUCAGUGCUUGGAAUGUGGAAAGAGCUUCAUCCAGAAGAUAUGUUUCACAGGCCAUCAAAGAAUUCAUACAGGGGAGAAACCAUAUCAGUGCUUGGAAUGUGGAAAGAGCUUCAUCCAGAAGAAAAGUCUCACACGUCAUCAAAGAAUUCAUACAGGGGAGAAACCAUAUCAGUGCUUGGAAUGUGGAAAGAGCUUCAGUUGGUACUACUAUCUCAGUUCUCAUCAAAGAACUCACAGCAAGGACAAACCGUAUCAGUGCAUGGAAUGUGGAAAGAGCUUCAGUCGGAAGGAUAAUCUCACUCUUCAUCAAAGAAUUCAUGCUGGAGAGAAACCAUAUCAGUGUUUGGAAUGUGGAAAGAGGUUCAGUCAUAGGUUCCAUCUCACAUCCCAUCAAACAACUCAUACAGCGGAAAAGCCAUUUCAGUGUUUGGAAUGUGGAAGGAGCUUUACCCGGAAGGAAAGUCUGACUUCCCAUCAAAGAAUUCAUACCGGGGAAAAACCGUAUAACUGCUUGGAAUGUGGAAGGAGCUUCAGUUGGAAGAUUAAUCUGACUUUACAUCAAAGAACUCAUACAGGGGAGAAACCAUAUCAGUGCUUGGAAUGUGGAAAGAGCUUCAUUCGGAAGGAAAUUCUCACUUCCCAUCAAAGAACUCAUACAGGGGAGAAACCGUAUCAGUGCUUGGAAUGUGGAAAAAGCUUCAGUCGGAAGAGAAGUCUCACUUCACAUGAAAGAAGUCACAGCGAGGAAAAAGCAUAUCAGUGCAUGGAAUGUGGGAAGAGCUUUAGCCGGAAGGAUUGUCUGACUUCACAUCAAAGAACUCAUACAGGAGACAAGCCCUUUGAGUGCUUGGAAUGUGGAAAGAGCUUCACUCAUAGAGCAGGUCUCAUGCACCAUCAAAGAAUCCAUACAGGGGAGAAGCCCUUUGAGUGCUUGGAAUGUGGGAAGAGAUUCAGUCAGAGAACUGGUCUCAUGUCCCAUCAAAGAAUCCAUACAGGUGAGAAACCAUUUCGGUGUUUGGAAUGUGGAAAGAGCUUCAGUCACAGUGCUAGCUUUAAGAACCAUCAAAGAAUCCAUACAGGUGAGAAGCCAUUUCAGUGCUUGGAAUGUGGAAAGAGCUUCAGUCGGUACUCCCAUCUCAGUUCGCAUCAAAGAACUCACAGCAAGGACAAACCAUAUCAGUGCAUGGAAUGUGGAAAGAGCUUCGCUUGGAAGGAAAGUCUAACUCCCCAUCAAAGAAUUCAUACAGGGGAGAAACCGUAUGAGUGCUUUGAAUGUAAAAAAAGGUUCAGUCAGAGCGCCCAGCUCUCCGUCCAUCAAAGAAUUCACACAGGAGACAAAUGAUACCAGUGCUCAGAAUGUGGAAAGAGCUUCAUUUGAAGCGCCCAUCUCACUUCCCAGCAAAUAAUUCAUACAGCGGACCAGUCUUCCAGAACUGGAAGACUGGGGAAAUAUCAUCAAAGGAACAAUGGCAAGAGAAGCUGAUGAACUAUGCAGAGUUGGCAAAGCUAACAGAUAAACUGUCGGGGAAAAUACAAUAGUGACUUUGAAAAAGAAUGGGAACCUUUUACAUCAUAUCUGCAGAAACAACAACAACAAAAGAAUCAUUGGCAGGAUUUAAAUAAACAUUUGCAAUUUUAUUUACAAAAAAUAGGAAACUUAAUAUGACAAUAUAGAAGUAAAUAUAAACAGCAGAAUGUAAUAUAAGAUGUAAUAAACCAGUGAUGGAAGUUGAGGGAAGUCCGCAGGGAAGGGGGAAAUUGAAAUCUGAAUGUAAUGUAAUGAUUAUAGACAUUGUUAAAAAAUAAAAAUCUAAUAAAAAUGA